AUGUGCGUGGACGAAGCGAAUGUUGGAUUAAAGUCUGGACGAGCUUUCGAGGGAGAUAUCACAGAGAAGUUGGCAAAGAUUCGUUCUACGGUAAACGAAGUACAACCUGAACAUGAGAGUCCGACAACAGAACCAGUUCAAAACAAGAUAACGUCUCAAUUAAAAGCUGCAGAUUUGCUUGACACCCUGAACUUGAAAACUAUUAAUGAGAAGACAGCCGAUAUGUUACACCAAGCCUCACUCUCAGAGCACGACCAGGUUUUGUCCCCUCCUCCGUGCGACGAGGAUACGUUUCUUCUCAUCUUGAUAGUGGGUCACGUUGGACAUUUCCAGCGCCGAGCAGAGGUAAGGCAAUUUGUCAAGAUCGAGCCUCAUCGAGGGAAGAAAGUUCGGUUAGCUUUUAUGACGGCGCGAGCGUACGAAACGAGUACAGACGGAAAACUGCGAAAAGAAAGCUUGGAGUACAAUGACAUCAUCCAGGCAAAUUACAAGGAAGCCUACCGCAAUAUGACUCGUAAGACAUUGGAAGUCUUAAAAUGGACAGUGACGAAAUGUUCACAUGUGAAAUUCAUGGUAAAAAUGGACGACGAUGUGAUCAUGGUCUAUCAACCCAUUGUCGACUACGCCAUCGGUUUAGAGGCACAAAAUGCCACCUUGGUAUAUGCAGGCAGACCCCACCAUCAACUUAUCCCUAACAGAAAUAAAAAAAGUCCGUGGUACAUCUCUCAUGAGGAUUUUAAAAAUGAAACUUAUCCACCCUUCACCAGUGGGUUCUUUGUUCUGCUGUCUGGAGACGCUGUUCGAAAAAUGUACCAUGCAUCUUUCCACGUCCCACGAGUCUACGGCGUGGCAAGGCAGACAUUUCGUACAGAUGACGCUUACAUUGGGGUCCUUGCACGAUACCACGAUAUCAAAUUGACGAAGGCGUCCUAUGUUAUUUACUCGUGGGCCAACGUAAAACGGGCGGUGGAGAAGGAUGUAUGUUUCCUGGUCAAGCUAAUAGCUUCACAUGCAGGUGUACAUGGGAACCAUGGCGCGUUUAGAGGAUACAGCAAAAUAGUCAAGUACUUGAAACAACUUGAGAAUAUGACCGCCGCGGAGAUAGAGGCUUGUGAAAAGAAGAAAUGUGUGCUUCCAAUGAGCUUAAAAAACGAUCUCGAAAUAUAG